ACUUUGGAAACAAAAAUUUUCAGAGAGGAGAGAAGGAGAAGACGACGAAGACAGGUAGGGAGAGAGAGAGAGGGGGACGACCGUUUUUGUCAACAGAGAGACAAAAGAAGGAGAGACGGAGACACAACAAUGGCGGAAGGAAAGGAGGAGAAGCAGAACGGAGAAGAAAGCGUUAAGGUUUUCGUCGGACAAAUACCGAGACACAUGUCGGAAUCUCAGCUCCUUGCAUUGUUUCAAGAGUUCGCUGUCGUUGACGAGGUCAACAUCAUCAAGGACAAGAUCACACGCGCCUCUCGAGGAUGCUGUUUUGUGCAAUGUCCGUCGCGAGAGGAAGCAGAUAAGCUGGUCAAUAAUUGCCAUAACAAGAAGACAUUACCUGGUGCAGCUAGUCUAUUGCAAGUAAAGUAUGCAGAUGGCGAAUUGGAAAGGCUAGAACACAAGCUUUUUGUUGGUAUGCUUCCAAAGAACGUCUCCGAAGCUGAACUUCUAUCGUUAUUCUCCAAGUAUGGUACCAUAAAGGAUCUACAGAUUCUUAGAGGCGCUCAGCAAACAAGCAAAGGCUGUGCUUUUCUCAAGUAUGAGACAAAAGAACAAGCUGUUUCCGCCAUGGAUGCCAUCAAUGGAAAACACAAAAUGGAGGGUUCAACCGUUCCUUUAGUUGUCAAAUGGGCAGACACAGAAAGAGAGAGACACACAAGAAGACUCCAAAAGGCUCAGUCCGACAUGGCUAGAUUAUCCAACGCUGAUCCAACAAACCCUUCAUUGUUUGGAGCAUUGCCAAUGAGUUAUACUCCACCAUAUAACGGUUAUGGUUAUCAUCAAGCUCCUGGAACUUAUGGUUACAUGCUACCACCGAUUCAGAACCAAGGUAUGCACAACGCCUUGCAAAGAGCCUCACCUGACUCUAUCCCACCUCGCUUGGCCCGGAGAAACUUUCCUUACAUGGGCUCUGGUUAUCCUCCUGUACGAGGUCUUCCUUAUCCACUGUCUUAUCCCAGAGGGAUCAUGAGUCCUCGCCUUCUAAGUAACUCUCCUGGUUCUAUAUCUCCUGUCAUUGCACACAGCAGCGGGUCAGCAACACCUUUGAGUUCCAUUGUUCAAACCGAAGGUCCGGAAGGUGCGAAUCUGUUUAUCUAUAACAUACCUCGUGAGUUUGGGGAUCAAGAACUCUCUGCUGCGUUUCAGCCUUUUGGUAUUGUUCUGAGCGCUAAGGUUUUUGUAGACAAAGCCACUGGCGCAAGCAAGUGUUUUGGUUUUGUUAGUUAUGACUCACAAGCAGCAGCUCAGAAAGCUAUUAACAUGAUGAAUGGUUGCCAUUUAGGCGGUAAGAAACUGAAAGUCCAGCUUAAGAGAGACAACAACAACAAUGGCCAGCAUAAUAGUUAAAAACUCUAAGCCAUCCUCAUGCAAAUAACAAUUUGUAAUUUAUGUGCAUUAUUGAAAUUUAUGUAAACAUUUUAUGAUUUAUUAACAUUAAAAUUCAUUCAAAUUUUUCUCUUUA